AUGAAGAAAAUUAAAAAGUAGAAAAACUAUAGAUCAAAAUACAACAGCAUAAAUUCUAAUGAAAGAGCUCUUAUUAUUUAAUAUAUUGAGUAAUACAAAUAUUCAACCUCUCAUGUAUAAUUAAAUAAUUUUCAGGUCUCUUUAAUAACAGGACACAACAUUUCUACUAUUAAAGCCAUUUAUUCAGUGUAUAAAAAGGAAGGCAGGGUUCAAAAAAAGGAAAAAAGAGAUAAAAUUUUAAAUAUAACCACUUAAGUAUUAUUGCUAGUGGUUGAUGAUACAAAUGGAAAAUGUGUUAAAUUAGGUGAGGAAAUUCAAAAGUUUGAAGCUAUUAAAGAGGAAGACAAAAAUAUCAGAGAUUCCAAAGAGAAAAUGAUUUAAGAAUUACUUUAAAACAAGAAAUGUUAAAUUUUAAGCUUGCUGACAAACUAAUAGGCUGUUAACAAUUUUACUUAAGAUGUGAAUAAUAUUGGCUAAGAGAAAGCCUUAUCUAAUGAGUUUCUUACCACUGAAAACAAUUUAAACAUAAAAUGCGGACACAAACAAUCUUUAAAAUAUUUAAGAAAUCGAUAACAAGAAAAUUUUCCUAGUAUAAAUUAAAAUUUGCAAAUGUUAGAUAAAGGUUUUUACUCUGAACUAUAAAGCAGGCUUUAUGAAUAACAUAAAUUAAUGAGAAUGUGA